CAACUUUGACCUCUCACUAAAUUCAUAUUUCCUUUAAUGCCUUACAUCUCUCAGUCUCACAUAGGCUUAGAUUCUUGUUUGGUACACACCGUCUGUUUUCCACUGAUCGACAGAGACCGCUCCUCUCUCCUCCCCUCUACGUUUUUUCUCCUCCUCUCCCUCCCCAAUGCUCAGUUCGGUGUGUGUCUCCUCAUACAAAGGGCGCAAGGGUGGGAACAAGUCGUCCAACAAAGCAUGUUACAGCGCCGACAUGACUUGCCCGUCGGAAAGCGAGAAAAUCGUCAUCAACUGCGGCGGCGUGAGGCACGAGACGUACCGGAGCACCCUGAAGACGCUGCCCGGGACGCGUCUGUCGUGGCUCACUGAGCCGGACGCCUUCAGGAACUUCGACUAUGACCCAAAGUCUGACGAGUUCUUCUUCGACCGGCACCCGUCUGUCUUCUCGUUCAUCCUCAACUACUACCGGACGGGCAAGUUGCACUGCCCCAACGACGUGUGCGGUCCGCUGUUCGAGGAGGAGCUCGCCUUCUGGGGCAUCGACGAGACCGACGUGGAAGCGUGCUGCUGGAUGAACUACCGGCAGCACCGGGACGCGGAGGAGGCGCUGGACAGCUUCGAGACGCCCGAGCCGGAGGUGCCGGAGGACGACCCGGCGCUCGCGGGGGACGGAGACCUGAAGAGGCUCUGCCUGCAGGAGGACGCCAGGAAAUUGGGCUGGUGGCGCGUGUGGCGACCGCGGAUCUGGGCGCUCUUCGAGGAUCCCUAUUCGUCCAAAUACGCGCGGUAUGUGGCGUGCGGAUCCCUUCUGUUCAUCCUCAUCUCCAUUUCCACCUUCUGCAUGGAGACGCACGAAGCGUUCAACACCAUCUACACCAGAACAGAGAACGUUACGGAGGGGAACGUGACGAGAGAGGAGAUCGUGUACGAGGUGGUGACGGACCGAUGGCUGACGUACGUGGAGGGAAUGUGUGUCAUCUGGUUCACCAUCGAGGUGUUCACGCGCAUCAUCUUCUGUCCCGACAAGGCCGAGUUCUUCAAGAGCGCGCUGAACAUCAUCGACUUCGUGGCCGUCCUGCCUUUCUACCUAGAGGUCAGUCUGAGCGGACUCUCCUCCAAAGCGGCGAAAGACGUGUUGGGCUUCCUGCGAGUGGUGCGCUUCGUCCGAAUCCUGCGUAUCUUCAAGCUGACGCGUCACUUCGUGGGCUUGCGCGUUCUCGGGCACACGCUUCGCGCAAGUACCAAUGAGUUCCUCCUGCUCAUCAUCUUCCUCGCUCUCGGCGUCCUCAUCUUCGCCACCAUGAUCUACUACGCCGAGAGGAUAGGAGCCAGUCCGGACGACCCUACGGCGAGCAUGCACACCAGCUUCAAGAACAUCCCCAUUGGUUUCUGGUGGGCUGUGGUGACCAUGACCACUUUAGGCUAUGGAGAUAUGUAUCCGGAGACGUGGUCGGGGAUGCUGGUGGGGGCGCUGUGUGCCCUCGCAGGGGUGCUGACUAUCGCCAUGCCCGUCCCCGUCAUUGUGAACAACUUCGGCAUGUAUUACUCUCUGGCCAUGGCCAAGCAGAAGCUGCCCAAAAAGAAGAACAAACACAUCCCGAGAGCCCCGCAACCAGGCUCGCCCAAUUACUGCAAGCCGGAUGCCCUGGCCAUGGCGACGGCCUCGCCCCAGAGGAUUCUGGGUAACGUUCUGGGCGGCAUGCUGGGCCCGAGCGGGAUGACGGGGGACUGUCCUCUAGCUCAGGAGGAGAUCAUAGAGAUUAACAGAGACUCGAAGCAGAAUGGUGACGCAGCCAGCGCCGCUCUAGCAAACGAGGACUGUCCAACAAUCGAUCAGGUUCUUAGUCCAGAUGAGCGCAGCCCGGUGGGCCGGACACAAGAACGCCAACAGCAGGACAGAGCCUGCUUCCUCCUCAACACACGAGAGUUUCGACCCACUGAUGGGAAUGUGCGGAAAGGUUGUGUCAUAUCCCGCGUUUGCCGUCAGUGCAGCGCCAGCGUUUCUAAUGCGUGACUGUGGUGUUAAGCUUCUAGCAUUUGGCAAUUCUCUUAAGGAGACACGGUUAGUGGCUGAAUCCUGAAAAUUUAGCAGAUGAGGCCGUACCAUCCACACGGGACGUGAGGAUUGUCGGAGGGGCAAGAGGGUGUGACUGGAAACAAACAACAAAUGGAAAAAAAAGAAAAACAAGGAAACUGGAAUUUUCUGAGGCCGGAUUUUCACACGGUAACCAAAGCAACCUCACCCGAAAUUCCGGAUCACUCCUCUUUCUACAGAUGACUGACUUUACAGCAACAAAACCGAACAUUGCACUGACACCUGUAAGAGAAAAAAGACUCUUGAAGGAAUGAACGGAAAACAUUCCAACGUUUUAAGAUCAAAACACCAAGCAUUUUGACUGCCGGACUCACCUGGGCCCUGAGUUUAUGUAUAUUAAUCUAUAUGAAAGAAUGAAGGACCAAGUUAGAAUAACUAUGUAGCAUUUCUGCUAAGACCCUGUAGCAUUUCUUGGCUAGGAGAACUCUCCAACAGACUUGUUAGGGACUGAUAUUUCAUUGACAGUUUGCACAAAAUGACUAAAAAUGUCUUAGUCAUGCACAAUUUUUCUUGUUUUCUUCCCCCACUCAGCAUUUUAGCUGCAAAAUGUGUUGUUUGUGCAUUGCCGUGUGGUAGUUCCCACUCCCCGUCCGAGUCUUAUAAUAGUAGCUUUUCUUUGUGAAUGAAUCUAGGGCACUGAAAAGUGAAACGCAGCACACAGACGUACGUUGCUAUUCCCAAACAGUCUUCCAGUCUUUUUCCCCGAGCGUUUGAGGGAGGCAACACUGAAAACAGUCCCGACAGACCAAAGCCCAACUCUGACCAAAUAAUGUAUGAAAGCUAAAAUGGCACAAAAAAACUUCCCUGUCAGAGAUGAACUUGUCGUCCCUUUAAAUGUGAACGGAUUGGCUGUUCUGCCAGGGGUGCUGUUUGUAAUUCCCAAAACCCCUUAAAUUGAGGGAGGUCUCUCUCGUUCCUGAUUAUAGAGAUUUAUUUUGUGAUUUAUUUAAUAGAGCUGAUGCUGCCAUUGAUUAUAUAAAUGCACAUGCCAGUGCUUGGACCAAUAACAAGUGGAAGUUUGUUUUUCCUUUGUGAAAAGAGGGUAUAAAGGUCAGGGAAAUGCAGAGACACUCUUAAAAUCUCCCUUUCUAAAAAUCAUCUAUAUGUCUAAAACUGCCUUUUCAGAGUUUCCCUCCGUCUCUGUCUUGUAUUCUUUCAUAUUGGCUUGAUAGCGCCAUUCCUUCUUAAAUAAUCAGAGGGAGCGUGGGAGGUCAUGCCAAACGAAUCAAGAAGAUUAAAUGUACAAAAAAAAUUAAAAAAUUAUAUUUUGAUAAGUAGUUGCAAAAACAUCUCCAUGAUUAACGAGGAACACAACGCAAACAGCGUCCAAACGCGAUCGUAAACGCCACCCUACGAACAGCCGUCGACUUAUACAAAAAAAGGAUGGGAGAAAAGAUAUUAACGCGCUUUUUUGGAGGACGGGCGCAAAAACAGAAGAGAUUGUUUCCUCGUAGACUGAACUGUGAGAAAAUAGAUGUCAAAAUAUAUGAUAAAAUAGAACAAAUAAUAAAUAAAUAAAAUACUACUAAAAAAAUGAAUUUUUGUAACUUUGUUUACCAGCAUGAGAACUUUGCAUGACUGUAUUUUCUGCUAGCCCUUAGUUGAAGUGGGGAGGGCUAAAAUAAUAAUUAAAAAAGAUAUUAAUAAAAAUAAAUAAAUAAAAAAAACAUGAUAUGCAAUGGAUAUUUAAGAAAAAAAAUAUAUUUAAAAGAGCUAUAUUUUAUUUUGAAAUAGGAAAAAAAUGUUACACACUGAACUGUUUUAUUAGUUUAAGAUAAAAAAAAAAAUGUCAAUGCCACCAAAAGCAACAUAUCUGCUACAUACUGCCCCAUAUUACAUUUUCCUUUGGUUUCAUUUCUUCAGUCGAAACGCUGCCUGGACUGUAUAUUUUGAUUGCGAAUCUCUCUCUCUGUAUGCCAUAAGAGUCGUCUAUCUCGUCUCUUAUUGAAAUGUUCGGCUAAUGUUUGUCUGUGUACAACAUUAGUUCACUCUGUAGCCAUGAUAACAACUGUGCUGAUGCUAGAAUCCUCUGUAAGCGGGAUAUGGCGUCUUUUCCCACAUGCAUCGGGGCUGAUAGCGUUUCAUUCUCACUUUGAAUUCACCUGCUCUCAUUGGCAAUAAUAUGAAUGAUACUCUAGAGAUCUGUAGCAAGGCAAAGUGGAGACUCCUAUCAGUCUCAGCAUCUUCCUUAUGAACAGAUGCAGCGUGGAAAACUGUGUUCUUGUAGAGGCAUUGUGUCUCUAAUCUCAGGUGAAAAAUAUGAAUGCUCAGUUCCGCAACGGACCUCUGCCUGCUCGUUCAGCUAUUUCUCUUUGUCAUCUCAUCUGAUUGUUGUCAAGAGCAUUUUGCUGUCAUUUGUUGAUGUAUUUCCUCAUAAAACAGGAAGUUAGGACACAGGCAUCAUCCCUUGCCUUCAGUCUUUUAGGAAAAUCAUAGCUGAUAGCUUAUUCAAUGAGCGAAAGCAAUGAAAACACUUGAAUACAAAUAAGCUCAGAAGAAAAAGAAUAUGCUUUGAUCUUUAGCAUUUAGCUUUAAGCAAAUAAAACACCACAGUUGAGUCAAAUGUGUUUAUUUGUCAUUCUGUAAUAUAGACUAUGUAAUUAAAAUAGUUAAUUCUAAUCAUCCCAAUUUGGUGUCCAUAAAUUUGCAGAUUUCAAUUUGUUAAACAGCUGUUUUUGUAUUUUAGGAGAGCAUGCUGAAGCUAAAACGUUAGCAAUUUCUAAUGCUACAGAAUUAAAAUAGCUGAUAGUUCACACAACAUGUUUAUCAUGGAAUUUGUUUUCGGUUCCCAUGCCAUAAUAUUGGCUGCAGAAUUAAAAUUGUUACCCAUGCUGAUUUGUAAUCCUAAGUGUUCAAUUUUACACAAAAUGUUUAUCAUAGAAGUUAUUUUUCUUCUCCCCAGUUUGAAGUUACCUUUAGCAUUUAGCUUUAAGAAAAUGCAACACAUCAUAGUUAAGUUAAAUGUGUAAACUGUUAUCUGUUCAGCUGUCAUAACAUGUUUCAUAAAAGUAGUUUUUUAGUUCUCAAGACACCAGACUAUAGCUAAACCCUUAAUUUUUAAGCUAAUAAAAAACGUUUAGCUGUUUUUAUUUUCAGAUGGGCCUCACCGAAAGAGAAUUGGCCUCACUCUAGUAGCAUCUUUAGCAUUGUAGCACCGCAGCUAAUAUGUGCAUUUAACAUGAGGGCCUUGCAUUUUGCAAACUUGUUCACAUCAUUGAAGAAUGUGCAAAAAUGAGUGAGAGUCCUAUUCAAGAAAUGUACUCUAUAAUGCAUUUACAGUCAUUUACUCAGUCAUCUUAAGCAAAUGAGUAAGGGUUUAUAUUUUUGUUUUCUUUCACUGACAGGGUAGAUAGAAGAUUAAAUAUGGCCACUUGUAGACAGUUGCCCUUGAAAAUUGCUUGACUGUCUUGUCUUGUCUUGUUGCUGAUAUUGCAGAUUAAAGAAUCUGCUAAUUAGCAAGUCAACGGAAAGGACAGAACGAAGUGAAUAUGAGAGAUGGCGACGGUUCGAGCAGGCAGCGGUCUGGUGUAUGGCGUGGGGCACGGUUUGUGAUAUUUCGGGUGUGCUGAUAUCAUCAGUUUCUGAUAUAUGGUGGAAGUGGACAUGCGACCUUUAGGGAAAGACAAUAUGACACAGCUUAUAUUUUCGAAACCUUACCAAGCGAAAACGAGAUGUCUCAAACCGGUGCUGGGUCACUGGGUUCGUUCCCAGCCCAGAAUGAAACCUUAUCGCCCAAAUAGGUCUUUGUGUUUCCAGAGUUGUGCAUAUUUAUAGUUUUAUAAAUGCUUUUGUUUAUAAUUAUCAAUUUAUUGAACAAUUUAUAUUUUAUACAGAGUUCUUUUGUUUUCCGAGUUCAUCACUUUAUUCCAUUUCGAAAAUUGUUCAUAUUUUUUUAUGACCACUUUGUUGUCGUUCGCUAUGAAUAUAUAUAUAAAAAAGAGCCUGUGUUUGGUUUUAUUUUAGAAGGCAUUAAGACCACUCUGGUCCAGGGGUCACAGAUAAAUCAUUUAAAGCAUGCUUCUAGCAGGAACACCACCAUGCAUAUCCACACAGGCAAACGCCAGUCUGAUUUAGUUUUAUUCUCAAACAUGUUGGUUUUGUUUUCAGGACAAGUUGAGCUUGUCGCUCCGACUUUCACACACAUUGAAGCACACUGCCCUUUUAAGAUGAUUUAGAAAAGUAGAUCUGUCUGCAUCUAAUUCUUCUUGUUCGAUUUACUGUGCCUGCUCUUGUAUCCAGUGUCUGUUCAAUCACACAUUUCUUGUGUAUUAAGUUUGAUUUGAUGUACUUGAAUUACAGAUAUGCAAUCACCAUCUCUGACCACUGCCAAUCAUCCCGAUCAAUCAACAUAAUCAGUAAUCAAUAUGAUUAAAGUGAUUAACAAUAACAA